AUGAAGAUUAUUUCUUGGAAUAUUAGAGGUUUGGGUGGGUUUGAAAAGAGGAAGGAAGUGCGUAAGUUGGUGGGGGACCAGAAACCUUUCAUUCGCUGUCUCCAGGAGACUAAGUUAUCUCACUGCGACGUUUUUAUGUGCUCGACCCUCUGGGGUAGCUCGCAACAUGCAUUUUCUUAUCGGCCUUCAGAUGGGGCAUCAGGGGGUUUGCUAACGUUAUGGGAUACAUCUGAGGUGGAGGUGUGGACGUCUGAGACUAGCAAUCAUGUUUUGUGGUGUCGAGGUAGGUUUGUUAAAUCUGGAGAUGAGUUUUUGCUGGCCAAUGUGUAUGCGCCAUGUGAUGAUGGUGCUAAGCAAAGGCUCUGGGACUCUUUAUCGGCUCGGAUUCUUUUGACGGGGAGAGAGAGGGUGUGUAUCUGUGGUGAUUUUAAUGCAGUUAGACAACCUGAGGAAAGACGAUCCGCUAGAGGGAGUCAACGUAGUAUGGAUAUUGAUCCUUUUAAUCAUUUUAUUGAUGAGAAUAAUCUUAUUGAUCUCCCCCUCAUUGGUCGCAAUUUUACGUGGUUUAAAGGGGAUGGCCUCGUGAUGAGUCGUUUAGAUAGGUUUUUGCUCUCUGAGGAAUGGUGCUUGACUUGGCCAAAUUGCAAGCAGGUGGCUACUCUGCGAGGGCUUUCUGAUCACUGUCCCCUAGUUCUCUCUGCAAGUGACGAAGAUUGGGGACCCCGUCCUUCAAGGAUGCUAAAAUGUUGGACUGAUGUUCCUGGUUACAAUUCAUUUGUUAAAGAGAAAUGGAAUUCACUUCAUGUCGACGGAUGGGGUGGGUUUGUGCUUAAGGAGAAACUUAAGAUGAUUAAGGUAGCUUUGAAAGGUUGGCACCAAGCUCACGUCCAGAAUUUGCCUAGCAGAAUUGAAUCUUUGAAAGAGCGUUUGUCGGUUUUAGAUCAAAAGGGGGAGGAGGAAGAGUUGACGGAAAUAGAGUUAGCUGAGCUUCAUGGGGUCACUGCUGGUAUUCACUCGAUGUCUCGCUUGCAUGCUAGUAUAAGUUGGCAACAGUCGCGAUCGCUGUGGCUCAAGGAGGGUGAUGCUAAUACUAAGUACUUCCAUUCAGUCUUGGCGAGACGUAGGCGACGGAAUGCUAUAUCGGUAAUCCAAGUGGGGGGGGUUACCUUGGAGGGGGUGAAUCCGAUCAGGCAGGCGGUGUUCUCGCAUUUUGCGUCUCACUUUAAGAAUCCAGAUAUGGAAAGACCCGGUGUGGAUAAUCUGCAGUUUAAGAGGUUGAGCCAUUUUGAGCGUGGUAGCCUUAUCAAGCCUUUUACAGAAGCAGAGGUGAAAACAGCAGUGUGA